AUGUCGGUGACUCUGGAUCCAGACACGGCUCAUCCCGACCUCGUCCUGUCUGAGGAUCGGAAACGUGUGAGACAGGGAGACAAACGCCAGCAUCUGCCCGACAACCCUGAGAGAUUUGUUACGUUUCCUGAAGUUCCGGGCGCUGAGGGGUUCACGGGCGGGAGGCGUUACUGGGAGGUGGAGGUGGGAGACAAAUCUGACUGGGACCUGGGGGUUUGUAGGGAAUCUGUGAGCAGGAAGGGGCAGGACACAUUCUCACCUGGGAAUGGAUACUGGGUCGUGGGGCUGAAGGGUGGGGAAUACGAGGCCCUCAACUCUCCCGCAACCCCCCUCCCCAUGAGCGUCAGGCCCAGCCGGGUGGGGAUUUUCGUGGACUAUGAGGCGGGCGAGGUCUCAUUUUACAAUGUGACUGACAGGUCCCAUCUCUUCACUUUCACUGACACCUUCUCCGGGAAGCUCCACCCUUAUUUCUAUCCUGGUCUCCACGCUGGGGAUACAAACGCGGCUCCCCUGAUAAUCUGCCCGGUCCCAGCUCAGGCCGGAGGGAAUCUCUCUCCCUGA